AUGCCUCGUCUUCCACCACCACCUCGUUUCACACUUUCACCACCACCAAUGCCACCAUCGGAUAUCUUUGAUAGAAAACUUAUAUCACAAUUAACUUGUUCGUCAAUUCGACAACAUGGCCAAGAAACAAUACUAGAUUCUCAUUUGAUAUUUUUUGCAAGUGCAACCGUCAUUGCUGCUAUUCUUCUAUUUAUAAUUACACUUAUUUGGUUAUUAUCAUCUCGUAAACAAAAACAAUCAUAUGAUAAUUCUAAAUCAAAACCAUCACAAGUACCUAAAUCAAUCGAAUCAAUGAAUGAUUUAUCAACAUGUAGCACUUGUUCUUAUGAAACUGUAUCACCUAAUCAUACUGGUAUUUAUCUAGAAUCUGUUGAUACAUCGGCUACGACUUGUUCAACAGAUGUAACUACCAGUGGAGUAUGUUACGAAUGUUAUCAACAUCAUGAUCAACAAUCUAUACCUUACUAUCAUGUUAUUUGUAUACCUGAUGUAGUACCAAAUUGA